UCGUUACGAUCAACAUCAAAUUCCUUCACAAAAAAUCCUCAAACUAAAUACCGAUGUAAUUUUAAUUGGCUGAUUGUGAUUGCGAUGAAAUUACUGAUAAUAUCGAGUCUGUUUCUCGUGGUGUCUUUCUCUGUCGCCUUCCCAAGGAAACACAAAAAAGAUGAUUACGAACGACGGCGAAUAAUUCAUCAUCACAGCGCGAAAAGGGCAGACAAACACGAAGUAAAACACGAAGGGAAACACGAUAGCCCAAAAGGCAAAGACAAGAAUCAUAACACGAAAACUGAGGAGCGUCAUGAGGUUUACAAGAAAUUUGGGAUGUUCGCUGCGCCGUCGUUUGCGCUCGAGGAUAGCUCAGAUUUGGGCGCGGGAAGAGAACAGUCAUCUCUUCAACAAGUUUUAGUGCCAGUAAGCAGCGCAAGUUUGACCCAAAACACAGCAACGCUACCACAAAUGGUGUCGGCUUUCACAGCACCUUCGCAAAGGGCUACGCUGGGUACUGAGGUGGUUGGAGAUCAAAGCAGCACUCAAGAAGCCACCACACAAACCUUGCAACCACAACAAGUUCAACUCUUACAACCACAACAACCACAGCAACCUCAGACCGUGCAGUACCAAGGGGGAACUAUAGGUACAAAUGAGGACAACUCAGUACCGAAGACCAUCACCCAGGAUGGCGCGAGCACACAACAGGAGACUUUAUCAUCCGCACAACCUGCGCUACUAAGCAACCCCGCUGGCGCGUUAGACGCGGGCUCACAAGGUAUCCAAACCUUCGCGCAACCCGCGGAUUCUGGGAAGGAUCUGGACCAAAUGAAAGACCUGCAGGUUUACAACGGGCCGUUGCCUGACAGCGGGCAAAGUAAGCCUCAAAUUGCUGGCGUAUCACCUCACGAAGAAAUUAAGGUUGUUAACCUGGGGGAUGACGAAAAAACAGCAAAUUUACAACAAGAUAAGCAAUGCGGUGGUUGUCCUGCGGGUGCAAAAUGUGUGAAUGGACAAUGCAUGAUCCGUGAAGAGGACGCUCAGGCGGCUGGAUUGACAGGAAAGGGCAGCGCUACCAACCCAGCUGGAUCCAUCAGCGACAUUCACAAUUUGGAAACGCAAGAAUUAACCUCACUCCUGAAGGAUGCUUCAAGCGCAGAUACUCCUCCGACAGCGGUCCCUGAGGGUACCCCAGAACCAACUAUGACCACGGAAUCCCCCUCGCAAGGGCAACUCGGCGAUCAGACUCAAACAACAGGUAUCUCCGGAAGUCCACAGCAACAAAAAGUAUCGACUUCUCCCAAAUUUACCCACCUAAUAGAUCCUAUGUCGAGCCAACAAGUUGCAAAGAAGCCUGAAAUCGACGCGCAACCAGCAACAGCGUUUGCGCAACAUGAUGCAACAUUUGCGCAACCUCAUUUCACCGGCGAACAACUGAAAGAGUUGCGGGACUUUGCGCGCAUGUAUAAAAUGUACCAAUUUAUACGCAAGAUGGAAGAGCGCCUCAACGAUCCAGAUUGCGCACCGAUUUGCCGCAAAGAAUGCAAAAGUUUCUGUCUACCAAAAUGUUGUCGUGGUCAGAAGGUGAACACGAGUGUCGUGUCAAAUUUGAUGCAAACCGCAGACAAGAUAAAGGGGAGAAUGAGUCACGGAAGCAGGGUUGCUAAGCAACCUUCUCAAAUAGAUGGUAAUGGGGUGGAAAAUGAGGAUAGCGAGGAGCAAGAAGAGAAAAAGAUGGAUAAUGAUGCCGCAGGAAAGAAACACAUAUUGAUAAGGAUUCUUAAUCACAAUGAUAAACCACGCACUCUUAUCAAUAAGGAAAAUCGCCUAUGAAUUAGUGAAUGAACCUCGUACUGAUUUGUAUAAAUUGUAAACAUUCUAAUGCAACUAAUGCCACAUGCAACGUUCCACAAUUAUACAUGGAAGUUGAUGAAUCAACCAUCAGCUGAUUUGUAUAUUAAAUUGUGAACAUACCAAAAAGCUUGUAAACAUACCUUUACGUUUUACCAUCAUUCAGUGUAAAAUCAUAUCACCAUAUCAUGUAUAUUUCCUAACAGCAAGAACAGUUGUGGAAUGAAAAUUUAGCUAUACAGAAGAAUUCAGGGUGAUUCAUCGAGAUCAUGGUCUACCAUUGGGAUACCAUACCGCACUGGUAUACCCAACAAUGGUGAAGUCUUCGUUCAAACUAUCUCAUGAACAGAACAGUAUUAAUGAAUAAACUAAGUCCACAAUUAUUAGAAAAUCUUGAGUUGUUUUCAAUGUCGGAUAUUUUGAAAUAAUUGAAUUUGAAAACUCGCAGGGAAAGCCAGGAGAUUUAUCCAGACUUUUGAUCGACAGUUCUCGGGCUGAAGGCACUAACGAGAAUGCAGAGUUGACUGUCUGAAUGUCUUUGUUGCAUGCUGUUUUACUGCU